AUGAAUAAUAGUAGAAGUUAUAAAAAUAAUUUAGAUACAAAUAGUGAUAAUUAUUUAGACUUAGAUAACUUUGAUGAUAAAAGUGUCUAUAAUUUAAUGCAAGAUAAUGAAAGUAUCUAUGAUUUAACUCAAGAUAAUAAAAGUUUAUAUGAUCUAAGUCAAGAAAAUGAAAAUGUUUAUGAAUCAACCCAAGAUAGUGAUUUAAUUUAA